AUGACAACUUGUUUGUCUUCUCUUAUUGUAGCGGACCAUGAGGCAAUUGUGACCAAGGUUCUAUCUCGUUCUUCCAUUGUCUUAUCAAUUUCUUCAGGUAAUAUAAGAUCAUCAAGUGAUAAAUCAACGACUGCUCCUUGCGAUUUUGGAUCGUAUGUUGAUCCUGUCAUCACAUCUGAUCCACCUGAGUCCUCCUCAAUGAACUUAUCUGUAGAUCUUUUCCCAUAUUUUCCUUCUGAUGUAGGUAAUGUAAGUUCAUCAAGUGAUAACUCAACGACUGCUCCUUACGACUCUAGAUUGUCUAUGGAUCCUAUCAUCAAAUCCAACCCACCUAAGCCCUCCUCUACUUUUGAUGUUUACUAUUCUAAUAGG